AUGGGGCCCCCCAGGGAGCCGCAACGGGCGACGGGAAAAAGAGGGGGGGGCGGUGCACGUGCCCCCGGGCCGAAAGGGGCAGCGACGGGGCCGCAAGGGGCGGCGACGGGGCCGCUGGAGGUGGCGACGGGGCCGAUAGGGGCGGCGACGGGGCCGCUAGAGGCGGCGACGGGGCCGCUUGAGGCGGCGACGGGGCCGAUAGGGGCGGCGACGGGGCCGUUGGAGGCGGCGACGGGGCCGCGAAGGGGCCGCGAGGGGCCUGAAAGGUCGGCGACGGGGCCGGUAGGGGUGGCGAUGGGGCCGCAAAAGGCGGCGACGGGGCCGCUGAAGGCAACGAUGGGGCCGAUAAGGGCGGCGACGGGGCCGCGAAGGGGCCGCGAGGGGCCUGGAAGGGCGGCGAUGGGCCGGUAA